GUCAGGUGGCCCCCCGAAACAGAUCCACCUCCUCAGCGUCGCGUGGUGGGAAGACGAGAACCUCCCAAAGGCCAAAGCCCACCCCAUAACCCCUAACCUAGGGUUUCUUCGCCAUGGGAUCCGCCGCCUCCGCCGCCUCCGACGCAGCGCCGCCAUCGCCUUCUCCAGCGCAACCACACGGGGCCGCGCCGCCGUAUGGGGUUGGGCUCGCCGGCAUCCUCCCUCCGAAGCCGGAUGGGGAUGAUAAGAAGGAGGAGAAGGUGGACUACCUCAACCUCCCUUGCCCCGUGCCGUACGAGGAGAUCCAGCGCGAGGCCCUCAUGUCUCUGAAGCCUGAACUUUUUGAAGGUUUGAGGUUUGACUUCACAAAGAUGUUAACCCAGAAGUUCGCUCUUAGCCAUAGUGUCCUUAUGGGUUCCCUGGAAGUUCCAUCUCAGUCAGCUGAUGUUAUAAAAGUCCCAACAUCACAGUAUGAAUUUGGUGCCAAUUUUUUAGAUCCAAAGUUAAUGCUUAUCGGAAGGUUGAUGACUGAUGGAAGGCUGAAUGCUCGUGUGAAAUGUGAUCUGACAGAGAAUCUCGCGCUGAAAAUAAAUGCGCAGCUUACUAGUGAGCCUCAUUACUCUCAAGGGAUGUUCAACUUUGACUACAAGGGCACAGACUAUCGAGCACAGUUUCAAAUUGGAAACAAUGCGUUCUAUGGGGCAAAUUAUAUCCAGAGUGUUACGCCAAAUUUGUCGAUGGGAACAGAGAUAUUCUGGCUUGGUCAGCAAAGGAAGUCAGGAAUUGGAUUUAAUUCUCGCUACAAUACAGAUAAGAUGGUGGGUACUCUACAGGUUGCUAGCACUGGUAUUGUUGCGUUAAGUUAUGUCCAGAAAGUUUCUGAAAAGGUUAGACACUACUAUUAUGAACAUGAAUUAUUUGCAUGCUAUUUUAACCAGGUUCUAACUUGUAAGUAUACCGAAGUGCAGGUGUCUCUUGCUACUGACUUUAUGUAUAACCACAUGUCCAGAGAUGUGACUUCCAGCGUUGGUUACGAUUAUAUCCUUAGGCAGUGCCGUCUAAGGGGCAAAGUUGACUCAAAUGGUGUCGUUGCUGCAUACUUGGAGGAGAGAUUGAACAUGGGUGUGAACUUUCUUCUGUCUGCAGAGAUUGACCAUCCAAAGAAGAACUACAAGUUUGGUUUUGGAAUGACUGUAGGAGAAUAGAUAUGCUCACAGCAAUUACUGUGAGAGGACUACAGAUGUCUCCUCAGUUCGUUAUAAGUGCAGGUUUACCAUGUGGUCUCGGUUCAAGUGUUCGGGACCUACAGAUUCGCUCCUCAAGCGUUGCAGGCUUUUUUCGGUGUACUUGCGGUUGUCUCGUUUCAGCUGCUUUAGAUAGCAUGGGCGUUUGGGCGUCCAUGAUUCUUUGUUUAUCUAAAACAAGCUGAAACGUUGUUGUAAUAAUGUUCACUUGGUUGUUGGAGAUUUUUGACCCUUAGGUUCCCAGCAAUAGGCUUCUGUGAAAUGACCGUACUCCACAAGCUACAGAUUAUACAUUGAGAAUUCAUGUGCAAUCUUUGCUCUCA